UCUCUGCCUUCCUCUCAGUCUGCAAUCGGCAACGGACACACACACACACACACAGACAGACGCAGCAGCUAUGAGCGCAGGCGAUGUGGUGUGCACAGGAUGGCUCAUAAAAUCCCCUCCGGAGAAGAAGCUAAAAAGAUUUUCAUGGCGAAAGCGAUGGUUUGUUUUGCGGAGGGGUCGGAUGAGCGGGAAUCCUGACGUUUUGGAAUAUUACCGUAGCAAGAGCUCUCGGAAACCAAUCAGAACCAUCGACCUCCAGGAGUGCGAGGUCACCAUCGAGGCAGAGGUGCGACCCACUAAACGGCAGUAUCAGAAUCAGCACCUGUUUGUGGUCAAAACUGCCACGCGCAUCUUUUACCUGCUGGCCAAAACAGCAGAAGAGAUGAACAUCUGGGUACAGAGCAUAGGACAGAUUUGUACGUUUGGAGGACUGAACAGACAUUCAGAAUCAAUGGACAGUCUUAAUCGCACUCCCUCUUCCCAGCAGCCCUCUCCAGCACUCUCUCCUCAUGUUUCUCUUGUGGCCAAUCAGGACACAGUUACCGUCGAAAACCACGAUAUCCUAGACAGGCCCAGCGAAUCAGAGAUCAGCCCUCCACUUGACUACCUCUUCCUCUCUCAAUGUGAAACCGGCACAAAGAGCAUCGUCAGGUGUGACAGCAUCUCCAACUCCGAACGCUCCUUUGAGCAGAGCUCGUCUGAGUACACAGAAGAUGUGUUUAGCCCCACCCCACGCAUUGACUCCUCCCCUUCCCCUUUCCUUUUGGGUGGGGUGUCCGAGCCCCCGUUUAGCGCCCCCUGUGGCCCGCUGUCUCUGUCCUCCUCCCUUUCGUCCUGCCUCUCAUCUCCCAUCUCUCUACGCCGUCCACCAGACAUUUUCAGAUUCGACAGACCCUUCUACGGAACAUCAGACCCACAGACGCCUCCUCCCCUCCCACCCAAACCAACACACCUGUCCGAUCACCACAGUAUUGAUGAUACCGGCCGUAAUCAGACGCAACCUGCUCUCCUACCUCGCAGGACGUCACUUUCAGGAAUAGACCACUUUAGGAGAGGAGAGUUUGACAAUGCUGGAAGAAACUGGAACAAACGACUAAGCCUCAACCUGCCAAUAAAUCUGAAUACUGAAAACCACUCUGAGGAUUCAUAUGUGCCCAUGGCCUCCCCACCGAUCAAUUGCUCUGAUGUGACUUCAGACGGCUACAUACCCAUGAGCCCCUCCACCCUGCCCGUCUCCCUACUCACCAACGGCAAAUCAGAGCUGCCUUCGCCUCCCGACCUUGAGCCUCCUCCAGUCAACCGAAACCUUAAACCAAGAAGACGGGCUCGACCGCCACCUUUAGACCUACGGGGUCUGUCCACAAUUUCUGAAUGUCCUCUUCACGUUCCUCUCACACGCACCAUGACAGAACCCAGCACAUCACUUCAGUGUGUUCCUUUGGACAGGCGGCGGGGAUGGGGCUUCAACAACUCCGAACAGGAAGGGAGCAUCACGCCAAUGGAGUCUCGGCAGAUGUUGUUCCCAGCUUGCGAUUCUGCCCCGUGGAUGAACCGGUCUCAGCUGGAUUACUUGUCACUUGACUUCAAUUCUGCCUCCCCCUCACCUGUCCAGAAGAAACCGCUGCUGGCAGAUGAGUACAGGGUGGAUUACGUGCAGGUAGACGAGAAGAAGACACAGGCUUUACAAAGCACCAAGAUGGAGUGGAAGGAUGUCCGUCAGUCAAAAGCCUAAAGCCUUCUGGGAGAGAAAAAAAAUAAUAAUCCAUUUAAAUUAUUACAUGGUUCAAAACUUGACUUGUUUUCAUCUCCUACAAUUUCAGGUACAUGUUGGGGUUUUUUUACACUGCUGUGAAAGGAGCCAGUACAGAGCUGGAUAGGAAGCCUUCAGAAAUAAAAUGGCAGAUUAUUCAGGAAAUUAUUCCAGAAUAAAAGACCUCCAAUACAUUGAUUCAAGAAUAAAGCUUUGUUUUGUAGCUUACACACCAGGAAGAGAAUUAGCAUUUCAGACAAUUUUUUUAGAAUUAUGUUUUUCAGUUUAUGAGUAAAGUAAAAUAUGACACUCAUUUGAUCUACAGCAUAAAUUAUGCACAGUCAUGCCUCAAAUGUGAAUAAUAAUAAGUAAAUAUUAAAUAAGUACAAAAUAUUCCAGAAGGAUGUGAGUUCAUGUGAAUAAUGAAGGUUCUACCCAGCUUGUGCUAACUUGUUAGCUACAUAAACUACUUUUCGAAAGUUUGGGGUUGAAAUUGUAUGUUUUACAAGAAAUGCAAUUAAAAUACAGAGCAAAUAUUGUAAAAUAUUAUUACAGUUUAAAGUAAAUGUUUUCUGUCUAAAUAUAUUUUAAAAUGUGUGACAUGAUCCUUUAGAAAUCAGUAUUUUCAAGGUUUCUUGAAUGGAAAACAGCAUUUAUUUGAAACAUUAUAAAUGUCUUUACUUUUGAGUAAUUUAAUAUAUCUUUGCUGAAUGAAAGCAUUCAUUUCUUUUAAAAAAAAAAUCUUACUGACCCCAAACUUUUGAACUGUAGUUUAAUAGCAAUUCUAUUCAUAUAACGUUAACCACUUAAUUUACAAAUUCACAUCGUGACUGAAAAGCUCUAUUGAAAUUUGUUCUAAACUAAAUGUGUAAUGAAAUCCAAACAAUGCUAACAGCAUGAAUCUCAUCUGAAAGCAUUUGUCACCAAAGCUUGAACGUGUACAGAAUAGGAAUUCGUCUACUAGAGCACAAAUUAACAACUUUUUAUAACAGAAAUUAUUUAUAAAAUUAACAUGAAUUCUUGAUCAUUCACUUAUUUGGAAAAAGUACUGAGUGACUUUUUUGUUGCACUCCCUGGGAUGUUAUUUUGAAAUAAUUCCCUGAAUAACAGCACACUGUUUUACAUCGCUGAUGUUUGAAACUCAGAUGCCACACUGCCUGUUUGUGAAUGCUGAAAAAAUGUUUUCAAAGGUGUCACAAAGUCUUUAAAGAGUUACUCCACCCCAAAAUGAAAUUUUUGCCAUUAAUGUCUUUGCAAAGACAACAAAAAUAACUACUUUUAUUCAACAAUUCGUCUCCUCCGCGUCACCGUAGCGCCAUUUUGAAGAGUAUCCCCUGUACGGAUAUGCUGUUUUCGUUCGAGUCAAAGCGUAAACAAACGCUGACAGGGAACAGCGUACGCUGUUUGCGUACAGGUGAUCCAGAUGAGACGAAUUGUUGAAUAAAGUCAAUUUUUUUUAUUUUCUUUACACACUAAAAAUAUUCUUGUCGCUUCAUAAAAUUCAGAUUGAACAACGGAUGGCAGAUGGACUAUUUUGAUGAUGCCUUUGAUACUUUUUUGGGUCUUGAGAGUUGUAUUUACCUGGCAGUCAAUGGGACAGAUAUUUUUCAUCCAAAAUAUCGUAAAUUGUGUUCCGAAGACGAACGAAGCUUUUACUGGUUUGGAACGACAUGGGGGUAAAUGAUUAAUGACAAAAUUUUCAUUUUGGGGUGGAGUAACCCUUUAAGUGAAUAUUAUGAAUAUAUCACAUAUUUAUUACUUGUACAAUCACUGAAGUAUCACAGAAAACGAAUACGCCAAUGAAUGUUUUUCUUGCACUGGUUUAGAAACACCUGUUUAAAAUGGACUUGGCAUACUACAAUGUGUUUCAUGAGAGUCAGACCACUGUAAACCACUCGAACCACACACUGUGAUUGGAUGCUGGAACAAAACAAUGAAGGAACUGAAGGUUUUGAAGAAGGGAAAUUGAUUAUUGAAUGUUGAACAUGUUAGACUACUGUCAAAUUAUUGCCCUGACAGGGUUAAGAAGGUCUGUCAACAUUUACAGAAUGUAUUUUCCCCAUCGACCUUGGCCGAAUCACGAUUAUGAGGCAUUAAGAAUGUAUUUCUGUCUUGGGUUGUAGAAUUUUAGUGCCAUGUCAUGCUGUGCUUAUGACACUGUUCUUUUAUGGUGGUCAGAUUUUGCUGUACUGACAAGAGCACAAAAAAUCUCAUGGGAAACUAUCACUGUGACAUCAACAGUUUCCUGCCAAUCCUGAUAUUCUUCAGUGUAUGCUUUAUGUCUUAUGAAGAAAUGUAAUACAUGAGUGAGAGAGAGAAAGAGUGAGUGAUUGAGAGACAGAGAGAGAAUGUGUGUGUUUGUGUGUUUUGCUGAAAUUUAGAGACCUUACUAACCUGUGUGAAUCAAUGGAUGUUUAUCCAUCAGCAGGUAAAUUAUUGUGAUGCAUAUUGAACACAAUAAAAUCACUUUAAAACAA